AUGCCUCGCCGCUUAAUCACGCCUUACCGCUCAAUCACGCCUCGCCGCUCAAUCACUCGCCGCUCAAAAGCGCCUCUCUCGGCCAGGAAUCCGCGAGGUCAACGAAGUUUGCCGUUGGCGAAGGCCCCAGCGGCCAACACACCUUCAACGACCGUCCCAGAGGUCCCAAUGAUUGUCCAAAACUCACGUCUCUUGAAGACACCAAACGAGAUACAGCACAUGAUUGCCGAUUGGCUUUCCGAAAAAGACCUUUUCCACCUUGCACAAUGCUCAACAAACUUGGCUGACAUCGCGAUCCCCAAGCUCUAUGCUGCGGACGCACGCCAUGGAAACUCGAAGGCAAUCUUAUGGGCAGCGAAGACGUGUGCGGCAAGAGAUCCCGCGCUCGCCCUCAAGAUCUUGCAAAAGUCGUUCCAGAAAGGGGGCGACGUGAACGCCGUUCACCAGGAGAGCAGCGGGCUUCAUGCGACAGCCUUGCACUACGCCGCGGCUUACUCCAGGGUGGAAUUUGUCGAAACCCUCCUGAGCCUGGGAGCGCACGUCGAUUGUUGGAGCUCCGGCGCCGAGCUGGCCAAGGACCUCGGCAUCCCGGCUCUGGACGAGUCCCUGAACGGGAACUUCGCGUGGCUGCCAAACUACGACGAGGCAUGGAAGUGGUCUCCUCUCGUCGUGCCGCUGCUCACAAACGACACGGAGACGGCCAAGCUGCUCGUGGGCGCGGAAGCGCCCGCCACGGUCGUGCGUCCAGCAGAAAGGGAGUCGUUCCUCGACACCAUGGGAGUCGUCACGGUCUACCACAUGCUUGCUUUCGCCGAUCCGGCCCGGGUUGCCGACUGGCUGCCCAUCUUGGACAAGGACGUCUACAGGCGCGCCAUCAAUGUCCGCAUGCACAGCAGCAGCUCGCCGCUGCAUGUGGCCAUUCGGAGGGGAAACGCGCCCAUGUUCGACAUGUUGAUGGACAACGGCGCCGACCCCAACUCCCCGGGCGUCUGGUCAGGCAACGCCCUGGUCACUGCCGUCAAGGCCGCCUUCAUGAUCGGCUCCAUCGCCGCUCGAAGGAAAACCAUCAUGUCGUGGACGUCGCGGCUGAUGCGGGCCGGAGCCGUCAUCAACCCGCCCGACUUUUCUCUGGAAUCGCCGCUCGGCUGUGCGCUGGAACAACUCGCAUCGACGAGCGGCAUCGUCGAGUCCAGCGUGAGCCGGGUGGUCGAGAUCCUCGUCAAGGCCGGCGCAAACGUCAACCUCAGAUCACGCGAUGGCGCCACGAUCCUGCAGCAGUUCUGCAGCGCCAUCUUCUGCCUGAGGCCACCGAGGUACCCGGUGCUGGAGAACAUACUGCGCUUCCUGAUUGACCAUGGGGGAGACCUCAACAGCGAGCCGGCACCGGGAAGAGAAAGCAUCAUGUUCACCUCGAUCCGCCAAACCGUUCGGUCCAAGAAGGUUGCGCCCGUCCACGCGAUCCUGCGGGACGCCGGGGCGGCACUCCUCCCGCGAGAAAUGUUCCCCGUCUUCUGCUGCUGGGUUCAGCUGCCCUGGUUCCGGAAGAAUCGCGUCUUCGACAUAACCAAAGGCCUGCAACACAUCACGCAGGCCCAGAUAAACUUCUGCUGGCUCUGGGCCGUCGAACGAAGCAAUGUCCAGGCUCUCCGGGCUUUACAAAACCAGCGGCUGAUGCCAACAAACGUCGGCCAACUGGCCCACGUGAGCAUCAGGACCGGCGCCCUCCGUGUGUGGCCCAGGCUUCUUAAUAUGGGCCUCGGCGAUGUCAACUGCCUUGGAGAAGCCCACGGGAGCUUCCUCCAUACUCUGGCGCGCCGAGUCCUCCGCCAGGCGUCGUUCCCCGACGCCCCGUCGACCGGCAGACGAAUCGACGCAAAAAAGGCCGUCGAAAUGGCGCAAACGUGCAUUCGACUGGGCACUUCCACCUUGACUCGGGACGACAACGGGAUGCUGGCUUUUGACUUGCUGGAGGACAGCCACGACAAACUACGACUUGCUCUCCUUAAAGGCUACGUUGAUGAGACGAGGGACCUAAUCUGA